AUGUCUUCUAUUCGUAAAAGGUCGGACGAAGGCAACGCCGUCCCCGGUUACGAUGCCACUCUUUCUGCCGACUCUGGGGAAACACGGAGAGCCAUAUUGAAGGUUGACUUCUUCAUUCUGCCCAUUAUCAUUCUUUGUUUCUGCUUCCUCCAAUUCGACCGAACCAAUAUCGGCAACGCCUUGACUGACACGCUCAGAGAUGACAUCAAGAUCGACAAUGCUGCUAUCAACUUGGCCCAAACCCUUUUCACCGUCGGUUUCAUCGUCACCGAGCUCCCCUUUAACAUGAUUAGCAGGUACAUGGGCCCGGAGCGAUUCCUCCCCAUCACCAUGUUUCUCUGGGGCACGGUGACCUGGGCUCAAGUCUUCCUGAAGAACGCGACGGGGCUCUACGUGGCGCGGUUCUUCGUGGGAGCCCUCGAGGGAGGUUACAUCCCGGGUUUUGCGCUUUACAUCUCGAGAUACUAUACCAACAACGAACUAGCGCUGCGUUAUGCUCUCUUCUGGGCCUCUAACAGCUUUGCUGGCGCGCUUGGUGGGCCGCUUUCCAUAGGGCUGCUUUCCCUCAAAGGAAGAGGAGGUCUGCAUGGAUGGCAGUGGCUCUUUCUCAUUGAGGGUGUCUUGACUUGCUUCCUCGGAAUUGUCGCCUACCUGUAUCUUCCGCACAACGCUGCCAAGCCCAAGUCGUUCUUUGGCAAGUCCUUCAACGUCUUCACGGACCGCGAGGCUGCGAUAAUCGUCACCCGCGUCAUUCGCAACGAUCCUACCAAGGCGCUUCGCUAUGGAAAGCCUGUGCUUUUGACUCACAUAAUCCAGACUUUCACGGACUGGAGGAUCUAUGGCCACCUUGCUGCUGCUCUGCUUUCCAUGGUCAUGAUCGCCCCCAUGAACACAUAUGCGCCAUCAAUCAUCAAGUCUCUGGGCUUUACUUCCCUCCAGGCCAAUGGCUUGAACUCGGUCGGAAGCGUCUGCGCUUUGGUGUGGUCAGUGUCACUGGCGUUCAGCAGCGAUAGCCUCGGUGAGCGCGGUUUCCACAUCGCUGUCGGAUAUCUCUGGGGAGCAAUCGGUUUGCUGUGGCUGGCCCUGGCCCCGACCGAUGUGAGCAAGUGGACUCUAUACGGAGGUGUUGUAUGGACCCAGAUGGGCAUGGGAAGCGCGCAGGCAAUCAGCGCCGCGUGGCUCACAGCCAAGAUGGAAGACUACAAGCGGCCGGUUGCCCUCGCAGCAUAUGUGAUGAGUAUCCAGCUCGCCAAUUUCCCUGAAACCAACUGUUCCGAACUCAAGCUCGCCAUUAUCAAUCGUCCUGAGGACAAUGGGAAAGAUCCCCGCCAUUCGCUCCUCUCCCAUCAUCUGGGAUCCACGGAUCCUUCGGAUUUAGACCCGGCACCAGUAUUGUUGAUCCGAGAUGCUGCAACCGAUGCUGGCGUGCACUCACCAGGACAGCUUGACGAAAUUCGGCUACCUAACGAUGUGAUUUCUAUGGGACUUGUCACGCCCGCGAUAGCCCACUCACUCUUUACCUUAUUCCAUUCUCAUUAUGGCCGAUGGGUGCGAUUUCCCGAGGAUUGCCCAUCAGACACGCUCUUUAACCGAGUGAAGCGAUCUCCCCUCCUGCUAUGCAGUGUUUUCUUAAUCGCGGUGAGGCACACCUCGCAGGAUUUGGCGGACAGACUUGCCCCGAAGCUCUUCCAUGAAGCCAAGCGCCUCGUAUCAUCCGGGCUUCUCGAAGUUCCCCAGGGUCGGGAAUUUUUCCAGGCCGCGCUUGUCUUGAGUCUAUGGUCCACCACAGUCGGACAGGUGCCGCUCAGCAUUGACGGCUGGCUCUUGACCGGCUACGCAAUCCAGCAAGCUCUUUCAAACCCAUACUUCGCAGAGAUACUGCGAACUGACUGGAAGUCUACUGCGGAUAUCUUUACGAACCUAGACUCUUGGUAUUGUGUAGGCACAAACCGACAGGCGAUUAUCCGCCAGGAGCACAUCGACCGCUGUCUCCAUCUUGCCAAAUUUGAUAGUACGACAAACUACGAAAGGCGAAUGGCAGCCGAGGUUGAGCUGUAUUGGAUUCUUUGCAACACUCGUGCCAACUCACCACCUCCUGUGGCGGAAACUCUCGUGGUUCUUGAAGCAUGGCAACACAGCUGGUCUAGUUUGUUCAACGAGCCACGUUCUCAGUUCCUUCGGAUUGGCUUCCAUUUCGCCAAUCUUUUAGUAUACGGCAGCUCUCUCAAACGCCACAAGUCGGGGAUGCACCAUUCUGUCGUGCGCGAGAUGAUUCGCCAUUCCACCGCGGUUAUCAACAUUGCCGUUGAAACGGCAGACGGACGGACGCGGCACUUGACAGAUCACAUUUACCACGCGAUCACCUUUUCCGCCCUCACGUUGUGCAAAAUCCUCCACGCAUACGAGAGCCAACUUGUGGCCGCUAAUUAUGAUGUUGCGAGCCUUGACAACCUCGUGUUGAAUUUAGUUAGCUGGCUUCAUUCUAUCGGGCUACCAUGUCAUGUAGCGUCUAUCCUCGGACAUGUCGUCCUAACUCAGUUCCGAAAACUUCGACCAAACGCCUCUCCAACAACACCGACGCUUGGGGUGCCAACCGCGGGAGGGCCUGGCACCGCUUCUUUAGGUGAUAAAAACCUACCGAUUACUGAUAUGUCCUUUAUCUAUGCAAAUUUUAUCGAAUCCGAGCUUUUCCAUGUUGAUGCAGAUAUCAACUCCUGGCCUCAAUGGACCCAAAUUCAUUCUGAUACGGAUGCCUCGCUUUAG